AUGGAGGAUGUGUCCGUGGUCUUCACCCAGGAAGAGUGGGCUCUGCUGGAUCCUGCUCAGAGGAAACUCUACAGAGACGUGAUGCUGGAAACCUUGAGCAACCUGGACUCAGUCGGUCAUGAAAUUGAAUGUAAAGAAUGUAAAAUCUGUACUCAUUCUUCAACCCUCAUUUUACAUGAAAAAUUACAUAACAGAGAUAAGGCUUAUGAAUGUAAGGAAUGUGGAAUAGCAUUUAGUCAGUCGUCAUGCCUCACUAAACAUGUAAGAACUCACAGUGGGGAGAAGCCCUAUGAAUGUAAGGAGUGUGGGAAAGCCUUCAAGUAUUCCUCAUCCCUCACUAAUCAUGUAAGAAUUCAUCUUGGAGAGAGGCCUUAUGAAUGUAAGGAAUGUGGGAAAGGUUUUAAUCGCUCUUCACAUCUCACUAGGCAUGUAAGAACUCACAGCGGAGAGAGGCCUUAUAAAUGUAAGGAGUGUGGGAAAGGCUUUAGAGAUUCCUUAGACCUCAGUCGACAUGUAAGAACUCACAGUGGAGAAAGGCCUUAUGAAUGUAAAGAGUGUGGGAAAGCUUUUAAUUUCCCUACACACCUCACUAGACAUGUAAGAACUCACACUGGAGAGACUCCUUAUGUAUGCAAGGAAUGUGGGAAAGGCUUUAGAGAUUCCUCAGACCUCACCAGACAUAUAAGAAUUCACAGUGGAGAGAGGCCUUAUGAAUGUAAGGAGUGUGGGAAAGGCUUUAGAGAUUCCUCAGACCUCACUUCCCAUAGAAGAAUUCACAGUGGAGAGAUGCCUUAUGAAUGUAAGGAAUGUGGGAAAGCUUUUAGUUUCCCUUCACAGCUCACUAGACAUAUAAGAACUCACACCGGAGAGAGGCCUUACAAAUGUAAGGAGUGUGGGAAAGGCUUUAAAGAAUCCUCAGAUCUCACUUCCCAUAGGAGAAUUCAUGGUGGAGAGAGGCCUUAUGAAUGUAAGGAAUGUAGGAAAGCUUUUAGUUACUCUUCAGAGCUCACCAGACAUAUAAGAACUCACAGUGGAGAGAGGCCUUAUGAAUGUAAGGAAUGUGGGAAAACGUUUAAUUACUCUUCACACCUCACUAGACAUGUAAGAACUCACAGUGGAGAGAGGCCUUACGAAUGUAAGGAGUGUGGGAAAGGCUUUAGAGAUUCCUCAGACCUCACUUCACAUAGAAGAAUUCACAGUGGAGAGAGACCUUAUGAAUGUAAGGAAUGUGGGAAAGCUUUUCAUUACUCUUCACACCUCACUAGACAUGUAAAAACUCACAGUGGAGAGAGGCCUUAUGAAUGUCAAGAAUGUGGGAAAACCUUUAGCAGUUCUUCAGUCCUCACUCAACAUAGAAACAUUUACAGUGGAGAGAGGCCUUUUGAAUAUAAGGAAUGUGGGAAGGCCUUCAGGUACAUGGAUGUCCCCCGAGAGGAGGCCUUGGCUUUUCUCAUCGUCGUCUAA